CAGGCAGAUCUGUUUUGGCAAACAAGGAACACGUUCUUCUUGCAGCCUCCUUGCUUCCCAAUGCCUCAUCAGAAGCUUUCAGCACUUGUUGACGCUAUCUGCAGCUUUGUUAUCUGCAAUGAUUCCUCCUUUCAGCGACAUCAAAUUAUCUUCAAUCCAGACUUCUUUGUGGAGAAGCUGCGACAUGAAAAGCCUGAGGUCUUCACAGAGCUUGUGGUCAGCAAUAUCACCCGGCUGAUUGACCUGCCUGGGGCCGAGUUAGCCCAGCUGAUGGGAGAGGAGGAGCUCCAGCUUCCCAGUGGGGCAGGCACAUCCUCGGGUUUUUUCCGUUCUCUCAUGUCCUUGAAACGUAAAGAAAAAGGAGUAAUAUUUGGAGCUCCACUAACUGAAGAAGGCAUUGCUCAAAUAUCUCAAUUAAUUGAGUAUCUGCAUAAGAAUCUGCGGAUAGAAGGCCUGUUUCGAGUUCCAGGAAACAGCACCAGGCAGCAGGCCUUGAAAGAUGCAUUGAACAGCGGGACAGAAAUUGACUUGGAUUCUGGAGAGUUUCACUCCAAUGAUGUGGCCACUCUGCUGAAGAUGUUCCUGGGGGAGCUACCAGAUCCUCUGUUGACCCAUAAACACUUCCAUGCACACCUCAAAAUUUCAGACCUAAUGCAGUUUGAUGACAAGGGCAAUAAGACCAACGUUCCAGAUAAAGAGCGGCAAAUUGAAGCAUUGCAGCUGCUCUUCUUGAUCCUGCCAGCUCCUAACCGUAAUUUGCUCAAGUUGCUCUUGGAUCUGCUCUAUCAAACAGCCAAGAAGCAAGACAAGAACAAGAUGUCGGCUCAUAACCUUGCUCUUAUGUUUGCACCUCACAUUCUGUGGCCCCGAAAUGUAACUGCCAGUGACCUGCAGGAGAACAUCCCCAAACUAAAUAAUGGGAUGGCUUUCAUGAUCAAGCACUCACAAAAGCUCUUCAAGGCUCCAGCAUACAUCCGGGAAUGUGCUCGACUGCAUUACUUGGACUCCAGAGCACACGCCUCCAAGGAUGACCUUGACUUGCCAGUGCAUCAGAGCUUCAGAGAUGUCCAGCUCCAGAGAUUCAAAACCCGGGGAUUGCUGGAUCCUUCUGCCCACCCCAAAGACCCACAACAACAUACAGAGGAGGCCCUGAAAGAACUCUUCCGGCAUGUUCAUAAUAUGCCAGAUUCUGCCAAGAAAAAAAAACUCAUUCAGCAGUUUCAGAAGCACCCUGAAGCUCUCACUCCUCAGGCAAGGACAUCCACACCUCAGACCCAGAAAAGAAGCCGCACUCAUUCCUUCAGUGGUCUAAUCAAGCGUAAAGUGCUGGGAAGUCAGGUGUCUUUGGACAAAAAUGGGAAGGAUGUUUUGGCAUCUUCAGGCACCAAGGAUCCAAAGUGUGACAGUAAAGAGAAUGUCAGCAUGUUACAGAGACCUGCUACCUCUCCAACAAUCAGUGUGAUUCGAGCAAAGCUGAAGUCACUUGAUCACAGGAAAAUGGGCACUUGUAAACAUAAUCGAUUUCCUGGGACCUCAGCAGAGGAAUCUUCCAUUUGAUCAUCCACUCGAUGGAGUAUAUGCCCAUCAAAGAUUUGCAAACCUGUGGAUAUGCCUGUUACCCCCAAGCUGUGAGCAAAGCAUCAAUGCCUGGAUCUCAUGCUUCUUCUAAUGUUACUUACUGGACCCUUAUCUACAGUGUUAUAUCUACCAGAUUAACAGACGUUCUUCCAUUUGAACAUAUGGAAGCUACUGUUUGAUCACCUGCCUGUGAACUGAACAGUAUUUGAAAUGCAGCCUCUCUUUGGGGUGGUUUUGUGUUCUGUGUUUUUCCAUAUCCCCAAAUUUCUGUCUAUUUUUGGGGGCUUGGCUUAACUCUUUUUAUUUUUUCUUCAUUUGGUUGUUGUUUUUUUUACCCAGGUUGUAAAUAUAUGUGCCUUUUUAAACUCUAUAUUUCCCAUUAUUAUCCACAAUAGAGUCUGGCGUUCAUCCCUUCUUGGCAGCUAGUUUCAGUAUUUUUUAGAAAGGAAGUCUCUCUGUUGUGCUUUUUGAUGGAAGUAAAGAAAGGAGUCUCACUCACAGCUGUCUCUCACAAAUCCCAGUUCUCUCCUUUUUAAGCCUGUGAUUUGUUUGAAGCCGUCCACCUACCUGAGCUAUCCUAACUUGGACAUCCUUUGUUAGGCCAGCACUGCAAAUUUCCUCCCCAGUUUAAAAGCCAAAAAGUGCCUUCUUCAUUGAAUUCUCAGAUUCCAGUGAAUCAUCUUCAAAACGAUCAUAUCUCAUAAAGAGUAUGUGAUUCCAUUGCCUUGUUCAUUUUAUCUUCAGCAUGCACUUCUUCACUCAGUGCAGAUUGCUAGGGCAGCCAUUGGGAUGAAGCAUUUGUCGGAUGGAAUCUGACUUGCUGCCCCCUUCUUAUUAUGUUCCCACUAUUUGUAGCACAAGUUGUGACGUCCAUUUCUUGGGAAAGGACUAAAGGGCUGACAGUUUAAUGACUAACAAUCUAUUGGAAGUGUUCUAAAACACAUAAGAGUUGCUUGUUAAUGUGGAAGACAAGUGACUUUGCUCACUGAGAAGGAGGUAAGGCUGACACAUCAAAGAGAAAUGUUCCAUUUGCAUCUGUCAGAAAAAGAAAAGCACAGGUGGAAAAGCGAUGCAGUGUUGUAGUCUGGAAGGAGGGCCACCGUAGCACUGUAACAAUAAUCUGAAGCUGUUAGACUUUCUCUUGCUCUUAAAGAAGCAAGAAAUCUGUCUAAAUGAACAUCUUGCAACCCUACAUGGCAGCAGAUGGCCACUUGUAACCUUGAGUACAGAGAGCCAUAUUGCAGUAUGGCUAGAUGUAGGUAUUUGGUUUAUACUAUAUUUAUUGCCCUUCACAGUCGGCUAUUGCUUACAUUGUGAUGGGAAGUGAUGCAGCUUUUUGGGCACAGUGUUACUGGAGUCUCUAAACACAUGAAGACUAAUUAUGGAUAUAGGGUUUCCUGCCCCUCACCUAUUUUAAAAAUGACAAUUUUCUAAAUCAGUAAAUAAUUGUGUUUCAGGUGCACACUGUUAUGUUCUUACAAGUUGAGAUGGAGGGUGUUACAUAUGCAUGUCUGUAAAAUAGCUUGAGUCAAAGAAAUCGAAAACUACUAACAGUGAGGUCAUAUGCAACACUGAGAAGGUAGUGUAAAAAUGUGGGGGUUGAAGGAGAACGAGGUGGGAGGAAGCAGCACACUAGGAAAAGGUAUGUACGGUAUUCAGUCAGCCUUCCACAUUUGCACGUUAAGCAUUUGCAGAUUUGAUUAUGUAAGGAUUACUGUAUUUUCUGCCACUAUUGCUGCUGCGCUGCCAUUUUUAACAGGGACUUAGAUAACACCAGAGUCACUGGGAGGAAAUCAAACUGGUGGGGUGGCUUGGUCUGCCUCACUCACAUUCACGGUCAGGAAAUGGGAUGGAGGAAUGGGCAAAUGUGUGUACUUGCUUAUCCAUUUGCUGCUCAUGGACAGGAGGGGGAGAAGGGGAUGGGAUAAAGAGAUGAGAGGGCUCAUGCAUUCACUCACUUGCAUGGGUAGAAGGGAGAAAGGUGAUUUGAUGGGUGUCCCUCUCUUCCCACCCCCAUAUCCCACCCCCUACUCCUCGUGCAUAUGUGAGUGAGGGAAUGUACAUGUGGAUGAGCCCUGCCACCAUUCAAGCACAAGUAUGGGGCAGAUCCUAGAGAUACUAAUUGUUUUUCCACUUUUGUUGAAAGUCACCAUGUGAAAAUGGAAAGCUAAUUGUAUAGUAUUUGUGCUUAAGAAGACAAUGAAAGUAGUGAAGGACAGGGGAACUGCAGUGAAUCAGCAAACUAAAAUUCCAGAUGCCCUUUGCUUCCACUUACAUUGUAUAUGGUCACAAGGUGGCUGUCUACAAUUUCUUAUGUUAUCAAUCCCAGGAUGAGGAUAUUGGUUCAGGAUGACGGCCUGGAAUUUCUGUAAAUACACUCCUUAGAUUUUAUUUGUUCCUUACAUAAAAUAUUUUUGGUCCAGAAGAAAUUACCAUCAUUGUUUGAGACUUUAAGGAAAACCACACAGGUUUGGUGUCCAAAUCACCAAGAUGUUCUAAAUAUCAAAUCCACUUACCAUUCAAAUAUUAGCUGCACUGAGAAUGAAACAAUUCCAGCUCCGUUACUGGCCCUACAAAGAAAUUGCCUCCAUGAGUGUCUCUGUUCUGUUGCUAACCUCAUUUUUACUGUGGAAAACUUGUACUUAUCUGUGCAAUGCAAUGUAAAUAUUUUGGUUUUUAUGUGUAUUGUCUUAUCUUCUCUUAAUGUGAAAUUCCUAUAUUAAAUAAUCCCUUGCCUUGGUGUUUUGUUACCAGA